CAUAUGGAUCAAAUGAAUUGCUAUUUUUUACUUGAGUAGGAGGUAUUAUGUGCUCUAAAAAAUAUCCGAAUCGAACGCCUGUUGAAAAUAUGAUUCGUCAUGUCACAAUUUAUCCGAUCAUGUUUACAAUUAUAUUAAAUUGACCUUGCUCUCUAUCAAAAGUUGUUAGAUAAGUACAUGUAGUCAGAAUUGAAGCCGCAAUGCUACCUAUAGUUUUGUUUAUCCUCGCUUGCACAAUUUGCUACUUUUUCGUAAAAAUAAACCAUGCAUAUUGGAAAAAGCGUGGCGUCGUUGGCCCCAAACCAUCAUUCCUUGUGGGAAAUCUCGGAAAAUCGUUCAUCUUAAAAUCAUCACCAGGCGAAAUAUACACCGAAAUAUACAGGAAAUACAAAGACGCUUCCGUCGUGGGCUUAUUCCGAUCCGAAACUCCCGUCCUUUUAGUUCGUGAUCCUGAAUUACUCAAAGAAAUUACAACAAAAUCCUUCCAACAUUUCCGGAACAACGAUAUCGAUGUGGACAAGAAACAUGACCCACUUUUUGGCCGAAAUCCCUUUGUUUUGAAAGGAGAUGAGUGGAAAACUGUGAGGGCCCAACUAACCCCCGGAUUUACAAGCGGAAAAAUGAAAUGGUUGUAUUCCUACUUGGAAACCAACAGUAAAAAAAUGGUCGAGUACAUCCUGAGAGUACCGGAAGCGACCAAUGGACAAGGCUAUGAAGCCAAAGAACUGUGCAUCCGUUAUACCUUGAACAACGUGGGUGAUGCAGUGUUUGGCAUCGAGGGGAAGUGUUUUGAGGAGAAAAACAGCGAAUUCCGGAAACUUUCGAAAGAGUUUUUGUCGCCUGGAAGUUACGGGAUUAUUAUCAUGUUUUUGGCAACUCUUUUUCCGCCUAUUACUAAAAUCUUUCCCAUGAGAUUUGUUACAAAGUCAGUCGAAAAGAAACUCACGAAUUUGGUAUCAGACGCCUUGAAACAUCGACAAGUCAAUAAUAUCGUUCGCAACGAUUUUCUGCACAUUAUAAGUCAAUUGAAAAAAACUAACCAGGAUUUUACUGAUGUUGAUGUCACUGCUCACGCGGCUGGAUUUUUUGCUGAUGGUUCUGAGACCAGUUCGAUUGUGAUGAGUUUUGUUUUGUUCCAAUUGAGCAUAAAUCCGGACGUGCAAUCAAAAUUGAGAGCAGAAGUAACUGAAGCGUUCAAUAAUAAUAACAACAACAUGCCCUACGAAGUAGUGCAAGAUUUGCCGUAUUUAGAGGCUGUUAUACAAGAAACGCUACGCAUCCAGCCGCCGAUUCACUCGUUGCAGAAAUUAUGUACCAAAUCAUUCACUUGGACGCUAAAAGAAACAAAUAAACCCCUAGUUAUUGAGGAAGGGACUCCGAUUAUAAUACCCACACAUGCACUUCAAAGUGACCCGCAACAUUUUGAAGAUCCGGAGAGCUUUCAGCCUGAAAGGUUUCUGGGAGAGAAUCGGGAAAAUAUCAAAAAGUGUACCCACAUGCCAUUUGGGGAAGGACCAAGAGCCUGUUUAGGACAACGGUUUGGUUUGUUGCAAAUUAAAGUCGGAUUGGCUUACAUCGUCAAAAAUUUUGAAUUAUCGCUAAAUAAAAAAACAAAAUUGCCGCUUAAGUAUGACCCCAUCAAUCCAUUGGUUACACCAACUGGCGGACUCUGGAUUGACUUUAAAAAGAUUGAGAAAAAAAAAUGCAAUCAAAUUAAAAGCUUUCAUGUAAUGUACCUUGUAAUAUUUCCAAAUAUAUUAUAAUGAUGAAA